AUGGAAGUGUGUUCUUCUGUUAAUGGCAAGCACGAGAACUGCAUAAAUAGUCUUGAAAGCACGUUUAGUGAGUCGUUACGUGUACAAGAUGCUGACGAAUUGGAGCAUGCGUCUAAGGGGAAUGAGAUGUGCAAUGUAGCCGAGGAAAACUUAUGUGAAGUUAUUAAACUGAAAGAAGCAAAACUCAACAAGGUGUCUUUGAAAAAAUCGGCAACCUUUCCAACUCCUCGUGUGACGUUGCCUUCAAGCAAGUCUGAUGAGGAUGCAGCACCUGUUACAGAAUCACCUUCUGAGCAUUCUGCCCAUCAAACUUACUCUCGUUCAAUAUCUCUGCCUGCCCCUUCUGAACUUAAAUCUGCCAUGAAAGGUAGUCGUGAUAAAAACGGAGAAGGACAUGUGAAAUUGACAGUGAAAUGGGCUGCUGAUGUGUAUGAUCCAAUACCUACUUUAGUGUCUCAUACUGUCAAAAACAAGAAACAGACGAAAUCCAAGAAGAAGAAGAAUGAGAAGAGAAAUUUGAAGAAAGGUAACAAGGGAAAUUCAGCCCGAGGGGGAAGUGGCAAAGAUAAGAAACAGUCUUGCAACCUUGGCAAACAAUCUGAUCUGUGCCAUCAGUUGCCGGAUUCUCAAGUUAUUGAAGGUUCUUCUGAUUUUGACUCUCUUGAUGUUUGUAGCCAGGAUUCAAAUUGCGGAGCCAGUUUCUUGAAGAAAUCAGUUACAGAAAUGCAUUACUCAGUGGCGGAAGCACAAUGA